ACAGUGAAAACGAAGGACAUUGAUGCCGUCGAGGGUAAAUCAGUGUCACUGCCCUGCCCCAUUACCGAGCCUUUGGAUAAUGUUUAUAUGGUCUUAUGGUUUCGUGAUAAUGCGGGCAUACCACUCUAUAGCUUUGAUGUGCGGGAUAAAGAGGCCAGAGACCAGCCCCGACAUUGGUCAGCCCCGGAGGUUUUUGGCUCACGUGCCAAAUUUCAUUUUGAUUCGCAGCCAGCAACAUUGGAAAUUAAGGAUAUCAAACGUCAUGAUCAAGGCAUUUAUCGUUGUCGUGUGGAUUGCACAAGUCAAACGCAAAGUUUCCGUUUCAAUUUGUCUGUAAUAAUACUUCCGGAACAGCCACUCAUCUUGGACCGUUGGGGUCGUCAAUUGAAUGGCACACAAUUGGGUCCAAAGCAAGAGGGCGAUGAUAUUGUUAUCACUUGUCGUGUUGUGGGUGGUCGACCACAACCGCAGGUCCGUUGGCUGGUGAAUGGACUACUUGUCGACAAUCAAAACGAGCACAAUUCCGGCGAUGUUAUCGAGAAUCGUCUGUUGUGGCCAUCGGUGCAACGAAACGAUUUGAAUUCCGUAUUCACAUGUCAGGCAUUGAAUACACAAUUAGAUAAGCCCAAGGAGAAGAGCUUCAUACUGGAUAUGCACUUGAAACCAUUGGUGGUGAAAAUAUUAGAGCCACCCAGUUCAAUGAUUGCCGAUCGUCGUUAUGAAGUCACCUGCGAGUCCUCUGGCUCUCGUCCAAAUGCCAUCAUCACAUGGUACAAGGGAAAACGGCAAUUACAACGCACAAAGGACGACAUAUCAAAGAACUCAACACGCUCCGAGUUGAGCUUUGUUCCGACCACAGACGACGAUGGCAAAUCGAUAACAUGCCGUGCGGAAAAUCCAAAUGUGAAUGGCCUGUAUUUGGAGACCAUGUGGAAAUUGAAUGUCGUUUAUCCACCUUUGGUCACAUUACGCUUGGGGUCAACUCUGACACCGGAUGAUAUCAAGGAAGGCGACGAUGUUUACUUCGAGUGUCACGUACAAUCGAAUCCUCAAUGGCGGAAACUCUUGUGGUUACAUAAUGUAGGUCCUGCACACCAUCAAUUCAAGCUGUAUGUGUUUAGCCAAGACGACGACCAGAAGUCCUGGUCCCGGAACUUAAAACCCCGGACCCGGCUGUCUGCUUCGCUGACAACUCCAUUCAUUUCUGUUUAA